AUGCCGGUGGCUAACUGUGGAUAUGUCAGAGCGUUGCCCGCUGCCGACUCCAACCCCGCUUGCCCCUCCAAAGUCGACGGGCAAGCUGAAUGGGCGCAUGGAAACGGGCUACCACCACUUGCUUCCCCCUAUUCUCUGAUCAGCAAGCUGUCGCCAAUUGUCCUGCGGCACGACAGACAGUUCCUACUAGCUAUACGCGGUACUCAGGAAAGCUCGCCAUUUGCGAAUAUCUCAAUACGAGCGGCCCAUCCCCAGAUCCACGCAGCGGGCCAAAACGUAUUUACGAAAGGAAGAGAUGAGCAGGCUACGGACCUUAGAAUCUCAACCAUCAGCCAUGAACACAUGCUUGACUUGCAUUCUCCUAACCACGUCCUCUUGGCACAGACACCCGUUUCCACCCAUCAUCUCAUAAUUCUCACCCCUCUCUCUUAUCCGUCCAAGCUUCCUUGGCCUUCUCCCUCCUCAACGUCAGCCUCCCAACCUCAGAUUAGGAUGCGUGGAUGUCACAACGAGGAAAUAUUGCAGUUGCCAGACAGAUUUCUUUCAUUCUCUACCAAAUCGUCUGCCAGUGACGAGGUAUAUGCCCCCUGGUCCGCUCUCAAAGAUUUCAACAAUGCCAGCUCAUUGGUAUCGGUUUGUCCCAUCAUGUCCAAAGAAACUCCUAACUCAUGA